AUGGAGCCGCCGAAUCAAGGAGAAUAUAAUCCGACUGACACUUUUCUGAAGAAUGAUUUUUAUGCCAGUCAUGAUUAUGAAUCAAACGCAUAUGCCGUGUUGUUCAAUGGUAAAUUUCAACGGAGAGGAGCCAGUUCUUUUGUCUUGAUCUACCAAGUUAUUGAUGAAGGUUUGGGAUUGGCGGAUACGAUCAGACCGGACGAUAUUAGGCGUAUUACGCCCCAUGGUCGGUUUACUAAGGUUGAAUUCUCUAGUAAGAAGCUUGCUGAACUGGUUUUGAUGAAAUCGGCUAGAUUGAGGAACUUCAAGAUUAAUGAUCGUCCAGUCAAGGUAAGCUUGUUACCUAAAAUAAGGUCAGUUCAUGUUUUGUUCUUUUUGUUGAACUAGGAGUUUUAUCAGUUUAAUUAAAACCUAAAAAAUUAUUAAAGUUUUUUUAUCAAAGCAUUAAAUAUAAAUUUUGUAGGUAAUGGCAAUUAUGAACAAAAGAGAUGAGAAAAUCAAGCGUUUUCAAGACUGGACUAUCUUUCGGCUUCGUGAAAUGUUUAAUCUACAAGUGAAGGAUGUUAGUCGUGUCAGAUUGGAAAGUAUUGAAUUGGCGCCGAAUUCAAACCUCAAUCUGGAGCCGUGCAAAGUGGUAUUGUCGGUCAGAGAUGCAGCGCAACAUUAUAUGAAGAAUGCGGAACAACAAAUUGAAGCUGGCAAUUUCGACGAAAAACAGUUGAAGCAAUACAAAAUGUAUCGUGAACUGGCAACGGAGAUAAACAUGGAUGAUGGAAUGGGACCACUGGUUCGCUCGAUGGACAGAGGCAUGGAUAUGAAGGAUGAACAGGAGACUUGUGUGACUGAUAGGGAGAAGAUGCGAGCUGUUAUCGACGGGUUUUGUAGUAGUAGCAGUAGGUUUUAG